AUGGACCGGGUGAAGAUUGCCAUGCGUCUGCUCGCCGCCGCCGCAGCCGGGGCGGAGGAGCAUGCGGAGAGAUUAGGCAAGGAGAACGAGCGGCUGCUGCAGCAGGUCUCAGAGCUGGAGCAGCGGCUCGCCGCGGCGCAUACCGGCGCCCCGCCGGCGGCCGCGCCAGCGCCACGGGCCGGCGGCGGCGGCGGCGGGGACGGGGAGGUGCUGGCGCUGAACGUCAGCGGACGGGAGGUCUGGGCGCUCCGCGCGGCGCUGCUGCGGCCGGGCGGCGGCCUGCUGCGCGACAUGUUCUCCGGCGGCGCCGCCGCGCCGCCGCGGGACGCGCUGGGCCGUCCCUUCCUGUGA